CAUGAUGCACCAAAAGGCCUACAAGUAGUCACGGGUGACCGCGCCGCUCUGCCAGUCCGGAACACAACCGAGCUUCUGAGCCCACGUACGCCACUCUUCCGGGCCUUUCGCCGUGCCGUUCUAUUCUACGAAUCCCCCUCUAGGGCAGCUGCGGAUGGACGGUGCCGACUCCUCCCCGCUGCACGUCGUCAUCAUCCCGUGGCUCGCGUUCGGCCACCUCCUCCCCGCGCUCGAGCUCGCCGAGCGCCUGGCGUCGCGCGGCCACCGCGUGUCAUUCGUCUCCACCCCACGCAACAUCAGCCGGCUCCGCCCGGUCGCGCCGUCCCUGGUCCCGCUCAUCGAGUUCGUGGCACUGCCGCUCCCGCGCGUCGAUGGGCUCCCGGACGGUGCCGAGGCCACCAGUGACAUACCGCCCGGCAAGGCCGAGCUCCACCUGAAGGCCUUCGACGGCCUCGCCGCGCCCUUCUCUGCCUUCCUCGACGCCGCAUGCGCCGACGGGAGCGACAAGAAGGUCGACUCGGUCAUCGUCGACAGCUUCCACUACUGGGCCGCCGCCGCCGCACACGGCCGUAAGGUUCCCUGCGUACUGAGCAUGACAUACUCAGCGGCGACGUCAGCACAGUACGGUGUGCCGCGUGGUGAGUGUCGUGAGUCCAUGGCGGUGGAUGAGUUGGGCCCAUCAGUAAUCCAGCGAUUUCUGCUAACCUUCGAGAAAUGCAAUCUUCUUGCUCACCGCAGCUGCUUCGAGCUCGAGCCCGAGUCUAUGCCUCUCCUGCCAGAGAUCUUCGGCAAGCCAGUCAUCCCUGUUGGCCUACUUGCGCCAUCUCCUGCAGGAGAAGGCCAUGGAGAGCACGACGAGGCAGUCCUGUCGUGGCUCGACAAGCAGCCACCGAAGUCUAUUGUUUACGUCGCCUUCGGAAGCGAGGCUCCACUGACCGUCGAGCAGCUGCACGAGAUUGCUCUCGGGUUGGAGCUCGCCGGGACAGGCUUCCUCUGGGCUCUGAGGAAGCCUAAUGGUAUCCUCGAGGCAGACAUCCUACCUUCAGGUUUCGAGGAGCGGACGCGUGGCCGUGGGCUCGUCGCCAUGGGCUGGGUUCCUCAGCUCAGGAUAUUGGCUCACGGUUCCGUGGGCGCGUUCAUGACGCACUGCGGGUGGAGUUCUACUAUCGAGGGGGUUCUGUUCGGACAUCCUUUGAUCAUGAUGCCAUUCUUAGGCGAACAAUGUAUAAACGCGCGGUUAAUGGAGAGAAAGCGGGUCGGAGUGCAGGUGGCAAGGCAUGGAAACGACAGAUCAUUCGAUCGCGAAGGGGUCACGAGAGCAGUCCAAGCCGUCAUGUCCGAGGAAGAAGGUGGAAGGGUCUUCGCAUCCAACGCUAGGAAGCUGCAAGAGAUUGUGGCAGACAAGGAACGCCAGGAUAGGUAUAUCGAUGAAUUUGUUCAAUGUAUAAGAUCUUACCGCUGAAACAGUAUAUGUAAGAGGUACUCCCUCUAUUUCUUUUCACGGGGCAUGUUAUGAUUUGAAUAAGUCUG